AUGGGACCAAGGCUCUUCCUAUCCUUCCUCUUCCUCGUCCUGAACGUGCCAUCCACGCUUCAGUUCGUCCUUCUCCCUGCACUCUCGCCGAGCUCGAGCCUUCACUCAGCGCCGAGUAGGAGGUGCAUGCGGUCACUGAAGAUGAGCAGGAGGGCAGGGCAGGGCAGGGAGGGGCCCGGGGAGGCUGGGGAGAGGAGAGGCUUCCAGUCUCCUCAGGAGCUGAUCCGGCAAUGGAAGGCGACAAGGAGGUUCGACCAAGACGCGUUGACGAUCAGCGGGGGAAGCAGCAGAACUUUCAUUCCCGUCCUCUUCGUCAGCAACAUGUGCUACAGAGCCCUGCUGGCCGAGAGGCUCAUGACUCAGAUCAUACAGCGCCUCCAGGCCCCCCCCUCCUCCACCGCCAGCGCCGUCGCCCUCGAGCGCCUCCUCGUGCUGUCAGCUGGGCUGCGGAAUGCUCCCGGGGAGGCAGUUCCCCUCCCGCUCAUCGCGUCGGCGGCUGAGAAAGGCAUCGAUCUCACGCACACUAACCCGCGAGCAGCCUUCAGCAUGGAGGACCUCGACAACUUCGACUUUCUUGUCUGUAUGGACGACGAGAUCCGGGACACGCUACUCGAGCUCGCCACUCAGUCGCAGACAGCCUCCUACGACACGUACGAGAAGAAGAUUCUGAGCCCUCGCACCCUCCUGGCGAACUCACCUCUCUCAGCUGAACAGGAGCAGCAGGACGGCGAGGAGACAGGAGGGUGUGAAGUGAAGCCGUUCAUGGCUAAGGAGAAGCUCGACGAAGAGAAACUCUCGCAGGCUGUUCCUCAGCUGCGACAGCUCUGCGAUCUGACUGUGAACUUCCUUCAAGACAUCGGGCUCAACCGUUGA